UGCUCUAGAGAUAGCCAAAGAAAGAUGUCAAAACUGAGUUUUCUUGACAUGCAAUACUACCUCUCAAAGAAAACAUUCUUGCAGAAACCCUCAAGAAUGUUUUCAAGAGACUUACAAAACUUCGGUUUAUUGCCAAUUCCAUCGCCAACUUCAGAAGAGCUGAGGCAAGUAUUCGACAGAUUUGAUAUCAACAAAGAUGGCAAAAUUUCGCCGCACGAAUAUAAAACAAUAUUAAAAGCCAUUGGGAACAGAGACUUCAUUACGAAAGAAGUGCAGAAGAUAUUCGAGGUCGCAGAUUUGGAUGGCGAUGGAUUCAUAGAUUUUAACGAGUUCAUGGAAGCGUAUAAGAAGGCAGGCGGAGUGAAGAAGACUGAUUUGCAGAUCGCAUUUCGUGCAUUUGACAAGGACAGUAAUGGGAAAAUAACGGCCGAGGAAGUUAAAGAGUUACUGCAUAAGCUCGGGGAAAGCUGUAGCUUAAGAGAUUGCCGGAGGAUGGUGAGAGCUGUGGACACUAAUGGAGAUGGUGUCAUUGAUUUUGAUGAGUUCAUGACCAUGAUGACCCGUAAUAUGAGUUUUCAUUAAGGGAUGCAAACUGUCGAGUCAAUUUACAAACUCUUACAAACACAGUCGGAAACUGUGAUAUUAGUUCUUCAUGCAUGCGUGGUGCGUGUUUAGUGUUAUUCGAGUUUUACAAACUCGGUGAUGUAUGAUAAGACAAAGUCAAGGUGUAAA